AUGUCUAAGCAGGAAACCGGCGCCAACGCCUCCCCCUGUGUCGUUGCUUCCAGGCGAAGUUCGACGGUGCCCCGCGCCCCGGAGAGGAGACCGGCGGAGGAGUCGAAUCGAAGAGGUCGUGGGGGCCGUAGGGAGGGCAGAGGUGGCGGCUGGCGGGAGCCCCCCAGCCCCCAGCAGCCCGCGGCCGCUAGUCCCCAGGAACCGCCGCUCUGCUUUGAAUUGAAGAACGAUUGGGUUGGCGCAGUGAUUGGUCGUGGUGGGUCAAAAAUACGAGAUAUUCAGAGUACAACAAACACCAAAAUACAGAUAACAAAAGGAUAUCCUGGAGCUGAAGUCAAAAUUUUUGGCAGCAAGGCAAUGCAGACAAAAGCAAAAGCAGUGAUAGAUAAUCUUGUUAAAAAACAAGAGAAUUAUCAUUCAGAACCUAAAAUUGAUCUUGUUACAUUACAACCUUCUGUUGGAAGAGACAUGAGGGCAGAGGAAAGUGCUGUGACAGAGGACCAGCCACUGAUAGACUGGGAUCAAAUUCGAGAAGAUGCUGUGAAGUGGGAAAAAAAAAAGUGGGCAGAUUUACCUCCCAUUAAGAAAAACUUUUACACAGAGUCAAAAACCACACGUUCAAUGUCACAAGGACAAAUAGAGGAUUGGAGGAAGGAAAAUUAUAAUGUAAUGUGUGAUGAUUUAAAAGAUGGUGAUAAACGUCCAAUACCCAAUCCUACUUGUAAAUUUGAGGAUGCCUUUCAAUGUUAUCCUGAAGUUAUGGAAAACAUUAAAAAGGCAGGCUUCCGAAAGCCAACGCCAAUUCAGUCGCAGGCAUGGCCAAUAGUUCUGCAAGGAAUAGAUCUUAUAGGAGUAGCCCAAACCGGAACAGGAAAGACAUUGUCAUACUUAAUGCCUGGAUUCAUUCACUUGGACUCUCAACCAAUACCUAGAGAUAAAAGGAAUGGACCUGGUAUGUUAGUCCUUACACCCACUAGAGAAUUGGCUCUUCAAGUCGAAGCUGAGUGUUCUAAGUAUACAUAUAAAGGUCUUAGAAGUGUUUGUGUAUAUGGUGGUGGAGAUAGGGAUGGACAAAUCCAAGGCCUGACAAAAGGUGUAGAUAUCAUUAUUGCAACUCCUGGAAGAUUGAAUGAUCUUCAGAUGAAUAACUUUGUCAAUCUGAAAAGCGUGACCUACUUGGUUUUAGAUGAAGCUGACAAGAUGUUGGAUAUGGGAUUUGAACCUCAGAUAAUGAAGAUUUUAUUAGACGUGCGCCCAGAUAGGCAGACAGUUAUGACAAGUGCAACUUGGCCCUAUGCUGUCCGUCGGCUUGCACAAUCUUAUUUAAAAGAGCCAAUGAUUGUAUACGUUGGGACUUUGGAUCUAGUAGCUGUAAGUACCGUGAAACAGAAUGUAAUUGUCACAACAGAAGAAGAGAAACGAUCUCAUAUCCAGACUUUCUUAGAGAGCAUGUCUCCCAAAGAUAAAGUCAUUGUGUUUGUCAGCAGAAAAGCCGUUGCUGAUCACUUAUCAAGUGACCUGGUUCUCCGACAUAUAUCAGUAGAGUCUUUGCAUGGAAACAGAGAACAGAGUGAUCGAGAAAGAGCAUUAGAAAACUUUAAAACAGGAAAAGUAAGAAUACUGAUAGCUACUGACUUAGCAUCUCGAGGUCUCGAUGUCCAUGAUGUCACACAUGUCUACAAUUAUGAUUUUCCUCGGAAUAUUGAAGAAUAUAUACACAGAGUAGGGCGCACUGGAAGAGCUGGGAGGACUGGGGUGUCAAUUACCCUGAUCACCAGAAAUGACUGGAGGGUUGCCAAUGAAUUAAUUAAUAUUCUGGAAAGAGCAAACCAGAUUAUUCCAGAGGAUCUUGUGUCUAUGGCUGAGAGAUUUAAGGCUAAUAAAAUGAAAAAAGACAUGGAAAAAAAAUUGGGAAGACCCCAAGGAGGAAAACCAAAGAAGUUUUAUUAUUAAUGUCUAUGCUGAAAUUGGUACCAGACUACUACACAAGCCCUCAAGACUUUUUAGAAACAUACUAUUUAAGAUAUAUGGAAGUACUGAAAAUAUGCUGAUGGUAUGAAGAGACAACUGAUUCUUAAAAUAAUAGUGUUU